AUGUAUGUCAAAACUCCCAGUCACGACGAACUUCCACCCCCUCCUUACGAUGAGAAAGCUUUACCACUUGUCCAAAACCCAACUUCUACAGCAAGUGCCGAAUCUGCAAGAAACGACGUUGGUCUCGACACCGAUAAUGUGACUCUCCUGCCCGUCGAAUUUAAAAAUAAACCUGUAUUUGACGAGCAUAAAGACACUAACUAUUCUUCACCCAAUAACACGUCAUUAAAUAAUAAAAUUCAAACAAAUUCACCACCACCACCUAUCGAUGAAACUAUUGCUUUGAUGUCUUGUUCUUCCCCCGAAAACUCCACAGAAAUCCUCAUUUCUCCCUCCUCAUCGACGACACCAGAAAUUGUUUGCCCAGCUGAAAAAAAAUUGUCUGAUACCUCAACGACUCAAAUGAGACACAUUAAACGUAUCGAGUCUGCACCAAAUAUUCCUGUCGUUUCGAUAAGUGACGUGGAUGGUAAAGUUCCUCUUCCUUCCAACAAAUCAAUGUCAAAUUUACAAAAUAAUGAUGACAAUCGAAGAAAUACUUUGAUGAUCAAUGCUAGUUCCACUGAGACUCCUAAACAGUACCUAGAGCGAAUGCAAGAUACUUUGUCAAAAACGGAACUGACAUUAUUGCUAGCAAAAAAUAAGGAUGCAUUCCAUGAAGCGGUAUUCCAAGCGUAUCUUGACUCGUUUGAUUUCCACGAAGAUCCAAUUGAUAUUGCGUUAAGAAAAUUUCUCAUGGAAUGUUGCCUUCCUAAAGAAACACAACAAAUUGAUCGAGUUAUAGAAGCUUUUGCAAAACGAUAUCAUGCAUGUAAUCCCAGUCUAUUUCCUUCAUCAGAUACAGCAUAUGUUUUGGCCUUUUCGUUGCUGAUGUUACAUACCGAUGCAUUUAAUAAAAGUGUAAAACGGAAAAUGACAAAAGAGGAAUUUGUCAAAAAUUCAAGAAUCGAUGGUCUCCCUUCAGAAAUACUAGAGAUUCUAUACGAUAAUAUAACAUUUACACAAUUUAUAUAUGCUGAAGAUGACACGGAUGUUAAUGGUCUGAAAAUGAUGACAUCACCAGCAGAAUAUCGACAUUCUAAAAUAUUUGGCUCAUCAAAAGAACGUAAAAAGACAGUGCGUCCUAAAAAUGAUCCAUAUCAUGUCAUACAAAAUAAAACGCAUACAGACUUCACGCCAACACUUCGUAAUGUUGUUCCCGUUGAAAAUCCGUAUUCGUAUAAAGGUACACUUGCAGAAAUCGACACAUUUUAUCUUUAUCGUGCUUUUACGAAUGCACAUACAAUACGUAUAACUGGAGUACGUGCUCGUCGGAAUAGUAAUAAUGCACUUCAGCCCACCAGUUCUUCAAUUCAUUCGCUGGAAGAAGAAGAAAAAGGUGGCACAUUCCUGCUGAAGAUCACUAAAGCUGGUAUCUUGAAUCGUAAAGUGGAUCUUUUGGAGGGUGGGAAAAAGGCAACUGGUUUCCUAAGAAGUUGGAAGCAAUUUGGUGUCAUUUUGAGUGGAAGCCAAUUGAUGUUCUUUAAGGAUAUUUCAUGGUUCAAAACUCAGAUGACGGAAUUUCUUGAUCCUUCGAAGGUGACAAAAAUUCCGGUUCUCAAACCCGAUGUAAUUCUCAUGACUGCCGAUUCAAUAACUGUUUAUGAUAAAAGUUAUACGAAAUAUGUGAAUGUAUUUCGUCUCGUGUGUCCUAAGGGACAUCAGUAUCUUUUUGAAGCUGAUUGCGAAGAAGAAAUGAAUGACUGGAUAAUAAAAAUAAAUUAUGCAGCUGCUUUCAAAACGGCCGGAGUAAAAAUGAGAUACACAAAAUGUUCCAAUAAAGAGCGUAAACGAGGUCGUAGAAGUUCUAUAACCGAUUCAGGCAAAGAUGUACUAGGGAGACCUGAAGCCAAAACUGAAGAUUUGCAAGGGAAGAUUGCGACUCUAACGUCACAACUCAACACAGAUGUACGAUUUAUCAAAAAUCUCGUAAUUAUGAUACCAUACAAAGCUGCUACACGCGAUCGGAUAUUGAGCGUGGCUUCUGGUAUCGGAAAAAGGUUUAAGCAAACUUGCCUGGAAUUAACUCGGCUAGUUUGUUAUCACGAAAUAAUGGAAAAAGAUUUAUGUCAAUCUGUGAUGGAAGAUCAGGAUUAUUGGUCGAGAAGAAAGAGUACCAACAAAAGUGGAUAUGAGCGAAAAUAUCGGGGAGGAACUAUUAAACGAGAACGUGAUAUAAGAUCCGAAUAUCAUAAUGAAAUAGAUCGACAAAAUACUGCAUCAACAUGCACAUUGGAUUUAGCACAUAGCGCGGAUUCAUCCGUCACAUAUUCGAUUCUUGUAACACCCACACUACCAUCGAUCUUAGGGUCCAAUCCACCGAAUUUCGACUCAGAGAUGAGUGAUUUAUUUGGACUUCAUACGUUAAACACGAACAACGAUCAUAUCGAAAGGGAAGGAAAAGAUCAUUUUCGGGAUGACGCUUCCAGUUUUAUAGAAAUUGGAUUCGAAGAUGGUAGAGAUUUGGACAAUGAGCAAGAAAUUCAUCCGAAUAAUAACACAACCUUCGAUGAAACGAAGGGGACAAUUAUUAAUUCAAACAAUAGCAGUGAGGGGUUAAAAGUGCUCGAAUAG